UUUUUAUAUUUAUUCUUUUUUUUUUUUUGCGAUGAAGUGUCAAAUUUUGAUCUGUCUUGUUGUAUUAUGGAUGACAGUUGUCAAUGCCAAACCCGUUAAAAAGAGAGGUCUCUUGGGAGACACAGUGGGUCAUGCAGUCAACACAAUUACUCGACUCUUGUUUCACGGUCGAGGCACAUUUUUCGAUCCCGAAAGAGAAGGUGGAUCUCAAGGUGCCUGUGGUCCCUUUGCCGAUGAAAAUUCACAGAUCGUCGCCAUGAAUGCUGACCAAUACGGUGACAUGAGCAGAAAGAGUCACUGGUGUGGUAAACGUGUCAAGAUCUGCUAUGAAAAGAAAUGUACCGUUGCCACCGUUACUGACGCCUGUCCUGGUUGUGACCAUGGUUGUUUGGAUCUUACACCUGCUGUUUGGGGUCAACUCGAAAGUGACACCAGAAAGGGUAUCAUUCCUAUUUCUUGGGGAGAGUAUAUGGGUGAAGAUAGUGAUGAAGAAGAUGAAACCACCUAAAUUCAUCUCACUCAAUAUUAACCCCCCCUCCUUUGACCCAACAUACAUCCUUCCCCUCUCUCCCUUUCUCUCGUCCUCUUUUUCUCUCUUUUCUAUAUAAUUGUUUCUACCCUUUUACAAUCAUUAUAUAUGUAUUAGUAAAAAAAAAAAAUAUCCCCCCAACCAACAAUAACCAACCAAAAAAAAAAAAAAAUUCCCCCCACCACCCAAAACAAUAGUGUACCACCUUUUCUUCUUCCUCUCUCUCUCUUUCGUCA